UGGUCGUCGGCGGCCGCUGCGGUAGCAGCCGCAGCAACAACAACAAACUUGUGUCGAAGAGUUCGAUUGUUGUCACGGUAAAUUUAUCUCGGAGUUGGGAAGCCAACAAGAUGAGCUCGUGGCUUGGCUCAGCUCAGUUCUUCGUACUUUCUAUCGUAGUUGUACUGUAUGAAUUCGCCUCGGCCCGACGGAGAUUGGGCACUGAUCUCAGUUUGUGGAUUGAUGAACAGCAAGUCAGAGAGUUCGGCGGGUAUGGCCGCAUCUCCAUCAUACACGACGGACAUACGGAGAUGUUCCUGCAAGAGCCCGGUUUCGAGAGCUCUCUCCCGAUAAUUCCAGAACGCGUUAACUCAGUCAACUUUACGUGGCGAUCGAGCGAGAAGAAAACAUACUUCUAUGAGAUAUUCGACUUGGAUUCAUACGAUCGUUCAGUGCUGAACGCGCCAACCAUCUCGAUGCCUCUGCAGGGUCUCGUGCCCAGGAACACGACAGUUUUCACGGUGAAUAUGGAAUGCGUCCCGAAUAAUACCGGGAGCUCGGACCUCUCCAUGGCGUUCACGAUCCGUACGGUAGACAUGAAACCACUCAAGGGGAUGCCGAUAAAGUUCAGACUCCGUAAAGAAUGCCUCAAUAAUGUGCCGGAUUCCUCUUGCGCUGAGAGGUGCGCCAACGGAGGCGUGUGCGACUCGAGAAAUAUCUGCCGCUGUGAGCGGCAAUACAUGGGCAGGUUCUGUGAGAUCCCUAUCUGCUACCCUGCCUGUCUGAACGAGGGUCGGUGUGUCGCGCCCGGCGUUUGCGAAUGCGUCGGCGGAUACAUCGGAAAUGUCUGCGAAGGAGGGAUCUGCGAGCUUCCGUGUUUGAACGGGGGAAAGUGCGUACAGAAAGAUAUUUGUCAGUGUGGACGCGGUUACUUCGGCAAACGCUGCGAGUUCAGCAAAUGCGCUAUACCCUGUCAGAACGGUGGGCACUGCAUCGGUUACAACAGAUGUCGCUGCUCUAGACGAUUCGGCGGUUAUCAAUGCGAGAUGGUCGUCGGCAGAGAACCCUCGAGACGGCCACACCCCCGGAAGGAGAGGAAGGACUUGUUUGUUUGAUGGGUUAUUUGAAUGUUUCAUUGUUGGAGAGUUUCUGUGGUCUUUGCGCAAACUCAUAUAUUCUACGUACUGUUACCAUAAAUAAAGUAUAUAUUGGGUAUGACGAA